GGUCAGGAGCAAGAGGCACUUGGACUUCCUGGACAUCCUCCUCUUUGCCAGAACGGAGGACGGCAGCAGAUUGACUGACAAGGACAUCCGCGCUGAAGUGGACACGUUCAUGUUUGAGGGCCAUGACACCACAGCCAGUGGCAUCUCCUGGAUCCUCUAUGCCCUGGCCACACACCCUGAGCAUCAGCAGAGGUGCCGGGAGGAGGUCCAGAGUCUCCUGGGGGAUGGUACCCACAUUACCUGGGACCACCUAGACAAGAUGCCCUACACCACCAUGUGCAUCAAGGAAGCACUGCGACUCUACCCACCAGUUCCAGGCAUUGGCAGAGAGCUCAACAAGCCCAUCACUUUCCCUGAUGGACGUUCCUUACCCAAAGGAUUCCAGGUGUUCCUCUCCAUUUAUGCCCUUCACCACAACCCGAAUGUGUGGCCAAACCCAGAGGUGUUUGACCCUUCACGGUUUGCACCGGGUUCUGCCCGACACAGCCAUGCUUUCUUGCCCUUCUCAGGAGGAGCAAGGAACUGCAUCGGGAAGCAGUUUGCCAUGAGCGAGAUGAAGGUGGCGGUGGCCCUGACCCUGCUCCGCUUUGAGCUGGCGCCAGAUCCUUCCAGGGUCCCUGUUCCCUGGCCAAGAAUUGUGUUGAGGUCCAAGAAUGGGAUCCACCUGCAUCUCAGGAAGCUCCUCUAAAAUCUGUGCAGACAAGCAUGAGCCCGAGAACCUCCUGCCUGCCAUCCUGUCUUCCUGUCUGUGUCUCCCGUCCCCUGUCUUCUGCCUCCCUCACAACCUCCAUGAUCUCCCCCUCUUUCCCAUCAGACUGUCUGCCCUUCUCGGUCUCACCCUUUUCCAAGACUCCUACUAGUUUUCUGUUACCCUCCUCCUACUUGGCUGUAGCCCUGACUGGGCGUGUAACUCUCGAUUACGCACCUGUCCUCUAGCCUGUCUGGCCUCUCUUGUCGUUAUUCUUCCUGUGCGCUGGUCUGUCCUGUACUGUUUUGUCUUGCUGGUUUCCCAAAU